AUGGUUCAGAAGGCCAACGACGAGCCCCACUGCAGCGGCCUCGCCUGGAUCAAGCGGGGUCUCGCGCAGCCUACCGGCCUCACCAGCCACAGCGGCCUCGCCUGGAUCAGUCUGGACACUGACGUCGGUCUGCACACUGACGUCGGUCUGGACACUGACGUCGGUCUGGACAUUGGUGCCGGUCUGGACACUGACGUCGGUCUGGACACUGACGUCGGUCUGGACACUGACGUCGGUCUGGACACUGACGUCGGUCUGGACAUUGGUGCCGGUCUGGACACUGACGUCGGUCUGGACUCUGGCGUCGGUCUGGACAUUGGUGCCGGUCUGGACACUGACGUCGGUCUGGACUCUGGCGUCGGUCUGGACAUUGGUGCCGGUCUGGACACUGACGUCGGUCUGGACACUGACGUCGGUCUGGACAUUGGUGCCGGUCUGGACACUGACGUCGGUCUGGACACUGACGUCGGUCUGGACAUUGGUGCCGGUCUGGACACUGACGUCGGUCUGGACACUGACGUCGGUCUGGACAUUGGUGCCGGUCUGGACACUGACGUCGGUCUGGACACUGACGUCGGUCUGGACUCUGGCGUCGGCGGACAACGGGUCGGGUAA